GCCUGGUGGCAACGCCGGGUCAGCGUGCAGAAGCCCCCAUGGGACUGGGAGCAGGCUGCCGGAGGCCUGCCUCAGGGCCCCGGGGCUGCCCGUCCCGGGGCCCCCCCUUCUCGCGCGCGGGGCGCCACGCCGCCCGGCCGUGGGGGAGCCGCCUGCGGGCACCGCCACUGAAGCCUUUGGUGGGGCUCCCGAUGUGGCCGCGAAGCACGCCGUUCUGUCCCAGAGAUCCAACGCAUUGAAAAUAUCAAGACGGAGGUGUUCCGCAAUUUUCGGCCUCGAGGGGCCCUCGCCGGGCCCCGGGGCCGUGAAAAAACGACUCAGGAUGCAAAACCGGUCUUGGGGCAGGGGUCGAGACUUCCGGGGACCCCGCAUUGAAAAAAUCGCGACAUCAGAUCUCCGGGUAUGGGGCCACAGAACGCCGUCCCGGGCGGGGGAGCCGCAUGCGAGCACCGCCGUUGCGGCCCCUCUGGGGGGGGGGGGACGCCGAGGCCACGCCGGAGCAUCGCCAGGCCGUGGCGGACCUGGCCCGGAACAGGACGAUAGACGGCCUCAUCGACAAGCUCGGGGGGGGCACGGCCCUCUUCCAGUCGCUGCUCUGGGGGGCCGAGAUGCUGCGCGAGGGAGCGUCAGACAGCACCGGCCUGUGGCUCAUCGUGCUCACCGACGGGGAGGACUCGACGGGCACGACGCCGCAGAGGUGCAAGGAGUUCUUCGAGGCCGCUGGUGGCAGGGUGAACCUGCUCGCGAUCGCCGUCGCCGAGCGCUGCCCGGGGCUCGACGACCUGUGCGGCGUCGUAAGGGACAGCGGGGGCAUCGGUAUGUUCGUCUCCACGGCGAGCCCGGACAGCAAUUCCAUCGAGCAGGCGUUCCAGGUGGUGGAGAGGGCGAUACGCCGGGAGCAGGGCGGCCACCAGGAGGCCGAGUAGGGGAGACCCCAUCCUGGUCUGACAUGCCCUGCGCCCCCUCACCAUUUCUCCCUCCUCCCUCCCUCCCCC